AGCGCCCUCAUGUUCUCCGCCGGGCUCCUGGGCAACCUCCUGGCCCUGGGGCUACUGCUGCGCUGCCGCCGCUGGCCCCGCUCCCACCCGCCUUCCCUCUUCCACGUCCUGGUGCUGGCCCUGGUGGUCACCGACCUGCUGGGCACCUGCUCCGUCAGCCCUUUCGUCCUGGCCUCCUACCACCGCAACCGGACGCUGACCGCCCUGACCCAAGGAGGACACAUCUGCCUCUACUUCGGCUUCGCCAUGAGCUUCUUCGGCCUCGCCACCAUGCUCAUCCUCUUCGCCAUGGCGCUGGAGCGAUGCCUGGCCCUGGGGCGGCCGUACUUCUACGAGCGUUUUCUCAGCCCCCGCACGGGUUUCGUUGCCCUGCCGGCCAUCUACACCUUCUCCGCGGCCUUCUGCUCCUUGCCGCUGGUGGGCUUCGGGCGGUACGUGCAGUAUUGCCCCGGCACCUGGUGCUUCAUCCAGAUGCGCCUGGACUACCUUCAGCACAACGGCAGCAGGGACGUGUCCGGCUUGGACGUCACCUUCUCGCUUCUCUACGCUACCCUGCUCCUCUUCCUCAUCCUCUCCGUGCUGCUCUGCAACCUCAGGCCUUCUGCUCCUUGCCGCUGGUGGGCUUCGGGCGGCCGGCGCAUGUUCUCCAUGGCCGAAGAGAUCGACCAUCUCCUUCUCCUCUCCAUCAUGACCAUCACCUUCGUCAUCUGCUCCCUGCCGUUCACGAUCCGUGCCUACGUGAACAAGUUCAGCGAGGAAGAGGACAACCAAGAAUGGGACCUCCUAGCCCUGAGGUUUCUCUCUAUUAAUUCCAUCGUCGACCCGUGGGUCUUCGCCAUCCUGAGGCCGCCGGUCCUGCGGUUCAUGCGCUCGGUGCUGUGCUGCCAGGUGACCCCCGCGAGCCGGGACAGACGGACUCCGUCCCCCGCAAAGACAAAACUGGCAGCACGGCUGGACCCCUGCGGGCAGUAG